AUGGCCUCCCCAAAUGAUCAAGUGCCCAGAUCUCCCGAGAGGGAGAUUGAGAAGGGAGACGAUUCAAGUAGCUCAGACGGCGAGCCUAGUCAAUUCAAUGCAGAGACAGAUCCUGAUAUGAGGAUUGAGCAAGACUAUGACAUUUGUCAAAUUGAAACAGAAAAGGAGAGGCAGCAACCACCAGGUGCUCGCUCGGCUCUGGAUCGUGUAUUGAGUCGUACUUCAGUCGCCGAAAAAGAUCCUGGACCUCCUCCAGAUGGUGGAUUCUGGGCAUGGUCGUCAGCCAUUGCUGGUCAUAUCAUGAUGCUAAACUCAUGGGGAUACAAUAGCUCCUUUGGCGUCUUUCAGACCUAUUAUACAAACCAUCUUCCCAAUCCCGCAAACCAAAUCAUCUGGAUCGGCUCCGUCCAGAUCGCCGCCUUGUUCUUUAUCGGUACCUUUGCCGGCCGUUUAACUGAUGCCGGAUACUUUCGCGCUACCUUUGCUGCUGGUUCAGUCCUGACCCUCCUCGGCGUCUUCAUGACUUCCCUCAGCCACACCUUCUGGCAACUACUCCUCGCGCAAGGACUAUGCACCGGCUUGGGAAACGGCCUCAUGUUUACCCCCAGUCUGGCUGUUGUUUCGACAUAUUUUAAGCGACGAAGGGCGUUGGCUUUUGGCAUUGUUUCGACAGGAAGUCCCGUAGGCGGACUCAUCUUCCCUUCAAUGGCGAGACAGCUCCUCGGUAGAAUCGGGUUUGCUUGGACAGUAAGGGCGAUAGGCUUGGUGCAGUUGGUAACCUUGAUCAUGGCGAAUUUACUCCUCCGCCCGAGAUUACCACCAAGAAAGGCUGGCCCUUGGGUCGACAUUGCGUCCUUCAAGGAAAAGGGGUACCUGUUUUUCGCAAUUGGCAUCUUCUUUGUAUUCUGGGGCACAUUCUUCCCAUUCUAUUACAUGGCAUCCUUUGCAACUUCGCAAUUGGACAAGCCCCUGGCGUACUCGGAUGCGCUGAAUCUUUUACUCGUCGUUAACGGUGUCGGAAUCAUUGGGCGAUCGCUUCCCAACGCCAUCGCACAUCACUUCGGAAGCAUUACAUGCAUUAUACCCGCCUCAUUCAUCUCAGCCGUCUGCCUCUUUUCAUGGCCAGGUGUGUCCACGGUGGGAGGAUUGUACGCUUGGGCUAGUGUCUACGGUCUCCUUGCUGGUGCGUGUAUGAGCCUGUAUCCACCAGCCUUGUCGGACCUAACGACCGAUGUACGAAAGCAAGGCGUCCGAAUGGGUAUGAUAUGCACAACUAACAGUAUCGCGACUCUUACUGGACCUCCGAUUGCUGGAAUUAUCAUUCGGCAUUAUGAAGGGGAUUAUCUUGGUGCACAGAUAUUUGCGGGUGUUUCCCUAUUCCUCGGAAGCCUUUUUCUCUUCAUGGCAAAGCGCUCAUCUGCAAAAUAG